AUGACCAUUUUGUAUGGAAUCGAUGAGCCAACUCAAAGUCCUCUAGUUUCCGAUGAAGAAAUUCGAUCGAUUAUUCGCGAUGAAUACGGAAUUGUGAAAGAAAUAAGCCUAGCUUAUUGUCGAUUUCUCAUCAAGAGUGGAUUCUUUGAAGGAAGCAAUUGGAUUGAUUCCUCGCAACUUCUAUGUCAUCAAGAUUGGAAUUACAACGGAAAGCCUCCGCACAGAAGAAUCUUUUCUAUGCAAGGACAACUGAUCCUCAGCUUGCUCAUGAGUGCAGUGUACUUCACGGGAUAUUUGCUUUUCAGCGGUGAGGAGUCAGCAGUGAGGGGACGCUGCUCUGCAUUUGUAAACGCGAUGAUCAAAAAGACCUUUUUCCUAUGUGUAUCCCUAUCAUCAUCUGGUGGAGAAGAGCCAUACAUGCAAACAGCCGAAUUAGCGAAUGAACAUGAGCGUUGUCGCAGUGAAGCCAUUCGUGAAUUCAGAAAUGCCAAGAAAAGGGGUGGCGCUGCGCACACUGCUGUGCUCAUUGCAAUCAUGAUUGCCGAUUAUGUUUUGCAAGAGUUUUGUCAACUUCUUGGUAUGAAUUCAAUUGCGGGUAUUUUCUCAUCGGUCUUCUUCAUCAUUGUUUGCACUUUGUCGGAUAUAUUGACGAUUCUGGGAACUGGGUUUGGAAGAAGUUUAUUUCACCAAAUGCCCACCAUAUGGGUGCUCUGCAAGACAAGUCUUCGUGGAGCGGCAACGGCUUUUCGCAAAAUGCCAUCAGAGACCUGCAAAGACGUCGAUGCGAAAAACUUCAAAGCUACGGGAUCUUUCUCGGCACCAUCGUUGAACCUCGACUCGACGUCAGAAUGC